AUGAAGCAGAGAUUGACGGAAUGUGAGGCCACCUCGUCUCCUCCUCUCAUCGCUCUGCUCUUUGUCUACCUCUCACCUCCUUCCACUUGCAGAGAUGAAGAUGUGCUCCACCUCUCUCCUCCUCUCGACACUCCUCUGCUCUGUCCCUCCUCUCACCUCCUUGCAGCUCAGAUGAAGAAUGAUCGCUUCACACUCCCUCCUCUCUCACUCGCUCUUUCACUGCUCACCUCCUUCACUGCAGAGAUGACUAAUGUGACCCUCCACUCGACCACCUCUCCUAUCCUCUGCUCGUGUCUCCUCUCACCAACAUUCAACUGCAGAAAGAAGAGUAGCCUCCUCUCUCCUCUGCUCUUCUCCUCUCAACCUCCUCACUGCAAGAUGAAAUGUGACCUUCCUCUCACCCAUCUCUCCUCUGCUCUGUCUCCUCUCAACCUCCUUCAACUGCAGAGAUGA